CAGAACGCUGAGCGCUAUAAUAUCAAGCAGGGGACGUCGCUCGCUCGCGAAUAUCUUUUGCAAAACGACUAGCUAGUAUGGGAUUGUUAGCAAGAGCGUAGCAUCAAAUACGGACGAAAAUGAUAACGAUUUUACUCCUUAUAUGAUAGUUAUGAAGACCGUAUAAUUAUAGAUACGGUUAUAAUUUAUUGUAAGGUCACUGCUGAACACCGAACACGGCGCUGCUUUGCCCAGCAAGUGCUCCUAGUAAGGCAGGGGAUUGGAGACCUCAUCAUUUCCGAGUUUUCGCAGCGGCACAGUGUGUUGGGUGGGACCCUGACUUGUAAGCUCAUCAGAUUGUGGCCUGCAGACGACCAGGGGGUUGUGGGAGAAGACGGGAGAGAAGCGUCCGUCGCCACACCAGUCUCACUGGACUGGAGGGAAUGCCUGAGAGAUGUGAAUCUAUGAGUUACUGCAGCGCUACUGCCGCCUCUCACAGGGAACCUAGGAAACCACCACCACCCAACCUGCUGCAGUCAGCCUGGAGGGUUGCAGCCAUGCAUCUCAAGCAACACCCCAAACUGCAGAAGAAAGAGAUCCACCUGGAGUCCAGUCAAGACAGCCAGAGAGGCCUUCAUGUGAGCCAGCAGGGGGUCCUGUCACAGAGGACAGUGUGGGGGGUCCGCCCGGCAGUGACCCUGGUUGGUCCGAUAAGCAAUGGGCUAGGCCAGGGUACGGCCUGCUACCCCCUCAGUGUCAUAUCCACCAACACCCUGCAGUGCUGCAGUAAUGACAACAGUGGCUCCAACCACCUCAACAACAGUAAUAAUAACCACGGGAACAGUGGCAGUGGGCUGCAGACCUCGAGGCUGAGUGAGUCCGAGGGGGAUGUAUUCCACAGUAGUGCCACCUGGGCCCAGAGUAAAAUCUCCAAGACCACCUCCUGCAACACCCCCUCCUCCCUGCUACUCUCCACCUGCACCACCUCUUCUACAGGCUCAGUGGGCUCUGAGAACCAGGAGGCCUCCUUCAGAAUCUCUUAUGAAGGGGAGGACAGAGAGGGACCGCUGGAUAUCUGGGCUGUCAUCAAGCCUGGCAACACCAAGGAGAAGAUCGCCAUCUUCGCCUCGCCCCAGUGCCGUGGCAGCCUGGUGAACGGUGGCGAUGGAGAGCCUGUCAGAGAAGCCGGUGAGGACUUGGUGAGCAGCAGCCCGGUGAGGACCGUGUCUGUGAAGAUGAAGAGCUGCUGGGAGGACGAGGGUGGCUCUGUGGCCAAGCGCAGGAGGAGGUCAGGGUCUCAGGGGCACCACCAGGACCGAGACAGACAGUCAUCCGGAGCCCUGGAGACACUGAGCCCCACUGAGAACAGCCCUGUAGAGGUGACCCUCUGCCUCAGAGAGAGCCCCAGAGUGCCUGAGUGUGGGGAGGUGGUUGUACGGGUGGGUGGGGAGCAGGUGUGUAGGGUAGAGGGUGAGGAGGUGAGUGAGACUGGGACUGACAAGGCUCUCUCUGUGGUGGAGUUGGUGGCCUUCUUGGAGCAGAGAGCCAGCGACAAGCAGGUGGACUCUAAGCCUGUGUCUCUGCGGAGCUCCACAAGCAUUACCUUAACCAGGGGGCUGUCACUGACCCUAGAGCCUCAGCAGCCCAGAGCCCCAGACCAGAACGCCCAGGGGACAGAUGAGGAGGCAGAAUGUGUAAAGGUGUCAGACAUGGUGGCCAAGCUGGAGUCAGAGUGCCUGAAGCACCAGAGUGUUAGAAGGGAAGGGUCCAGAUCUGGAGGAGAGCUCUCACGCAACAGCCUCACGCGCAACAACCUCUCACGCAACAACAGCCUAUCGCGCAACAACAGCCUGCGGAGGAGGGUGGGCCGGGUGCUACUGGCAGGAGCAGAUGCCUUCUCCAUCUCAGCCCAGCCACCUCCACCUCAGUCUCCCACCGGGCCCCAUCAUGGACUAGAGGAGACGACCAGGGUGCCGCACCGCCACGCUAGUCCCUCUACUGGCUAUCCCUCUGCUAGCACCAGCCACACGGACAAACUAGCUCCCAGCAGCUGCCGUGAAGCUGCCCAGUUGGCUUCCAGCACCUCUGACUCAGCCUCUCCGUCUCGCAGCGUGGACUCUGGGUGUGGCGCCUCUGUCGUUAGAGAGCUAGAUAAGAGCUGUGAGGCCCAGGGCCUGGGGCAGCAGAAGAAGAACAGGGCUGUAGAGUCUGGGCAGAACCUGCACUUCCAGCUCCUGUCAGAGCAGGCCAGGGCCAGCAGUACAGAGAGCAGUAGUAAACUACAGUGUGAGGAGCCCCUCCCAGGCAUGCUGUUCUUCUCACACACUCUGCCCUCACAGGUGGUACUUGAACACACACUCCCACACAUAGACAAUACUCCCACCCACAAACCCCCCCCCCAGGACAUGGAAUCCAGCCCUAAACCCACCAGAGACUCAGCAGAACCCUCCAAGAUUCAGCCCUGUGACCCUUCUAUCACUUCUCUCCUCCCUGAACCCAUAUCACAUAGUGAGAACGGGGCCGAAGAGGCGGUGAGUGAGGAAGAGGGGAGUGAUGUUAGCCGGUGUGAGACAGUGCCUUUCCCCCUGCGUCGCAUGGUGUCUCACGAGUUCCUGGAGAUGCGCUUUAAGAUCCAGCUGCUUCUGGAACCCCAGCAGUACAUGUCCUUCCUGCCUCACCACAUCAUCAUCAAGAUCUUCUGCCUGCUGCCCACAAAGAGCCUGGCUGCGCUCAAGUGCACCUGCCACUUUUUCAAGUUCAUCAUCGAGAGCUACGGCGUGCGCCCCGCAGACUCCCGCUGGGUGUGCGACCCCCGCUACAAAGACGAUCCCUGCAAGCAGUGUAAAAAGCGGUACGGGCGCGGAGACGUGUCCCUCUGCCGCUGGCACCACAAGCCCUACUGCCAGGCGCUGCCCUACGGCCCCGGGUACUGGAUGUGUUGCCACGGCUCCCGCAAAGACACGCCCGGCUGCAACGUCGGUCUACAUGACAACCGCUGGGUGCCCGCCUUCCAUAGUAUCAACAUGCCAAUCUAUAAGAAACCCAGGGAGGUCUCUGAGGAGUAGUGGUACAGACAAUGGGAGGAGAACUGACUUGGCUUCUGUGCGCUUUAUUUUGUCUGAGGGCUGAUGUCUGUCUGUCGCCAUAUGUGCAUGUGCAUUUAUUUGUGGGGAGUUUGAGGGAAACCAUGUUGCUGAUACUGAUGAGGAAUCGCUGGAUCUCUUCCUUUACCCCUUCCCCCCCAACAUUUUCCUGACCCCUGACCUCUAACCCCUCAGGUCCUCUGAGAUUGUGAGCACUUUAACCGUGGUCAGAAUUCUCAAUCCUCAAAGGAUUCUGUCAGGGUAUUCUAUUUACUUGCUUCAAUGUUUUGGGUUGAAGCAUAAACUCUGGUUCUAAGUGUGUUGAAGAGAAGCGCUUUAAUUAAUCUUUCUCUUCAGUGUUGAUGCUUAAUGUGUCCCUCCUUACCAUAGCUCUUUCCUAAUGCAUCAACUGACCGUUACAUUGGAAUAGAUACUUUAGUCAAGGUAAAGCCUAUCAAUGUUAUGCAGUGUAUCCCACCCACAAGUGAUUUACUCAGUGUGUGUCUAUUAUGUUGUCUAAGUGAGUACAUACAUGGCUGCAGGUCCACGGUUUAUGCAAAAUGUGAAUCAACCCUAUUCCAUAUCCCGGUUGCUUCCCAAAUGGCACUCUAUUCCCUAUAUAAGGCACCCACAGGACUCUGGUCAAAGGUAGUGCACUAUAUAGGGAAUAGGGCACCAUUUGGGUAACGGAAUAUAUAUCCCCACUCCACUGUAUCAGGCUCCGGGUCAGAGAGGCUUUGUUGUCGGUUUUGGAUCUGAUUGAAACUAGUUUGUUCUGUGCCCGGUUGUGUUUACAUUGUACAUAGUGCUACAGAGUCCUAUAUCAAAAACAGGGAGAAUAAGAGUGACAAGCAGCACGAGUAUCUAUGACUUGACUUGAAUGCAUUUAUUAGCUUCAGUUUGGUAAAAAGUUAUUUACCCUGUCAUGUGUAUAAUGCUGAAUUAUUAUUGGGUGUUUUUUUUUGCAGUGGGUCCCAGGUGUAUAACCCAGUCUGUAACCCAUAUGCUUAUUAGCCGCUCCCAUUUUUUUUUCUCUACCAUUUUUUUUAUUUUUUAUAUGUGUGUUGGAAAUGGCACACUAUUCCCUAUAUAAUGCACUACUUUUGACUAGGGCCCAUAAGGCUCUGGUCAAAAGUAGUGCGUUAUUAUAUAGGGAAAAGAGUGCCAUUUGGGAUGAGUUUGUUAUUAAUAUCCCUCUUUUUAUAAUGCUAUAACUUCUUGAAGGGAAACAUGGGAAAUGUCACCUCAGUGUCUCUGUUCUUUACAAUGACUUUAACUGGACAUGAUCUAAAAGAAAAAGAAUCAGGCUUGAUGACAAAUGGGAAAAAGAAUGGUCUCUAAAAGUAGUUUGCUCCCAGAUAUUUUUUUUUACUUUGUUGUAUAUUCCUGCUGUAUUCUCUGUAAAUGCAUUUUACUUCCAAUAAAGCGCAUUAAUUCGGAGGUUUUAACUGUCA